CCCCCCCACCCCGCCCUCGGUCCGGCCCGGCGAGCACGUGAGUGCGGUGUCCCGCCGUGUGCCGCGAGGCCUCGGGACGCCCGCUGACCCCGGGGCCGCCCGGGCGCCGUGGGGCUCGUCCGCGGGCCCGGCCGGGCGUGGCCUCCUGUGGGCCUGACCGCUACGCAUUGGCUGCGAACGCGGAUCGGGGCAGGUAUCUGGGCAACUUGGAAGAAUCGAACUCCCUUGGGCUUUAUGUUUUUUAUGAGGGACAGUCAACUGCAAACAAGCAUUUUGCACAUUGUGCGAUAGCAUGUGAUGAGAGAAAAAAUUAAAGAAGAGAAUAAAUCGAAUUGAAGUGGGUAGGCCUCAUCCAGAGGCCUUUAAGACUAAGAAGGUGAGAAAUUGACUUUGCAGAUAUCAUCUGGUUACAUGCAACAUGGCUGUGACAGGUGUCCGGUUGCUCACUGGGGCUUUCAGAAAGUCAGACACCUGGAUGAGACUGUGGGGUGUGCUUCAAGGAACACCUUCACACCACUGUGUUGCCUGGAACCGACACUUACAUCUUUCUAGCACCAAGUUAAAUGUGCCACAUCAUAAAAAAACACUUUCCCAUCAUAGUUUUUCUCUCAGACUCCCUGGGCUUUUAGUAUCUCCAGAAUAUAUUCCAUUUUCUAUAAGACUCAAAAGCAAGGUAAGCUCUAAAAACUCUGCUAAAAAGACUCUGCAAAAAGUAGAUGAGGACUCUGAUGAUGAAAGUGUUCGCAGUGAGAGUGAGCCAGAAGAGGAGCCCGAGGAGGACCCCAGUGUGCCCAAAGACUACAAAGACCUGGACAGAGUCGUGCAGUCUUUUCGGUAUGAUGUCAUCCUGAAGACUGGCCUUGAUGUUGGGAGAAACAAAGUAGAAGAUGCAUUCUACAAAGGUGAGCUGAGACUGAAUGGGGAAAAGUUGUGGAAGAAAAGCAGAACGGUGAAAGUCGGAGACACUCUGGAUCUUGUCAUUGGAGAGGACAAGGAGGCCGAAACAGAGGUGGUGAUGCGGGUUCUCCUGCAGAAGGUGCUGGAAGAGAAGACGCAGAGUGAGAAGCACCGCGUGGUGCUCCGCCGGUGGAAGAAGCUGCAGCUGCCCAAGAAGGCCGGCGCGAAGUGAGCGCGGCUCUCCUCAGCGCCCCGCGCCUCCUCCCGCCCUCGGUGGAAGCUGGGGCCCGCACCCCCAGCCUGAGCACCGCGUGCUGGGCCUGCUCGUCCCAGCCUUCUACCUCAGGAGUGGGCACAAUAAACUGCCCUUGUCGCCUCUUCAUGUUUUCAUUCCAACUUCUUCCCCGCGGCCCGCGGCCCGCUGCCGGCUCCGAGCGCAAGCAAAGCGCAGGCCGCCGCGCGGGGGGUGAAGGCGUCCUCGGGAAUGGGGGAGCCCUUCCUCCGCGGGGCGCGGGUCCUCGCUUCCCUGUCGUCUGUCUUCCGAAGUCUGGACCAGUAAUCCCUUCCCAGUGGGAAUUACUUGUGGAGGGCGGGGCGGAGGCCGAGGCACCCGGGCUUCAGGGCCUUGCUGGGGAAUGGCCCUCAAGCUACCAGUGGUUUUCUGGAGCAUUCUUUUUAAAAUGUGUGUGUGUUGGGGCUAGGAAUAUAGC